AGCCAGUUCGCCGUUUUACCACACGCCGCAAAUCCGUAUUUGCCGAAGCCUAUGAUCCAGAAAACGACGCCGACGAUGACGAGGCCGAACGCAAGGUCUAUCCCAAAUCGGAUGAGCAGCGUGCACGUCUAACCGAUUCGGUGAAGAAUGUACUGUUGUUCCGUUCGUUGGACGAUGAGCAGAUGAAUCAAGUAUUGGACGCCAUGUUCGAGAAGCGAGUGCAGCCGGACGAGUUCAUCAUUCGCCAGGGCGAUGACGGCGAUAAUUUCUAUGUUAUUGAGUCUGGAGUUUACAAAGUAAUUUGUAAUGGUGAUCAUAUUUUCACCUACGACAAUACUGGAAUAUUCGGUGAAUUGGCAUUGCUCUACAACGUACCAAGAGCCGCCUCCAUACAGGCUGUCACAGAGGGCCUACUCUGGGCCAUGGACCGUCAAACGUUCCGCCGCAUUCUAUUGAAGUCCGCUUUCAAAAAGCGAAAAAUGUACGAGACGCUAUUGGACAGUGUACCAAUGUUGAAAGCGUUGAAGUCCUAUGAGCGCAUGAAUUUGGCCGAUGCAUUGGUUUCCAAGCACUUCUCCAGUAAUGAGAGAAUCAUCAAACAAGGUGACGUCGCUGAUGGCAUGUACUUCAUAGAGGAUGGCAAUGUUUCGGUGAAAAUGGAUCAAGACGGCAAGGAGAUAGAGAUUUCGCGCCUAGGUAAAGGUCAAUAUUUCGGCGAGUUGGCUUUGGUUACACACCGACCACGCGCUGCUUCCGUCUAUGCCGAUGGAGAUGUCAAAGUUGCAUUCUUGGAGGUGCGAGCAUUCGAGCGCUUGCUGGGCCCGUGCAUGGAGAUCAUGAAGCGCAACAUUGACGACUACGAGACGCAGCUUAUCAAAAUCUUUGGCACCAAAAACAACAUUAGCGAUACACGAUAAAAAGUCUGAGUUCCAAGCAAACACACACACAACUAAGAAUACACACACGCACACACACACUGACCGCCACGAGCGCUCACGUGCGAAGUUCACAUACACAACAACAACUACAAGAACUACAACUACAACAAUGUCACUCUAAAAGCGGUGGCAAUAUAAAUCUACUAAUAAUAUCAUUAAUAAUUUAAUUAAAAACCAACUGAAGCUGCAGCAGACGCCAUUAGUACGUGUAGUUAGGAAUACAGCAACAGCAGCGGCAGCAUCAGCAACAACAGUAACAACAUUAAGAGCAGCGCACUCAAAUACAAUAGUCAAUCAUGUUAAAAGUCAAAGAAGGGGAGAACCAAUCACUAAAGUAACAACAGAAACAGAAACAGAAUUUACAAAUGCAUCAAGUGUAACAGCAACAACAACUAAAACAGCAUAGCAUAAUACUAGACCAAAACAAGUCCAUGUUUAUUCACAAAACAUAUUGAAUUGUAAGCACAAGAAAUAAGUUUGAAGCAAAAAAGUACUUAUGCAUAUGUAUGUGUAUACUAGUAAAGUAAGCCUAUGUAUGUUUGUAUGUAUGUAUGUACUGUUAUAUAUUAUUAUCAGUGAAAACAUCUGCGGCGAGCGCCACACAAGCUAAUACAUCCCUGCAAAGAGCCUCAGCUAGUCAGAAAAGGCAGAGACUCCCGUCCGGAGUCGAAGUAGACAGAAAACGUCAGACUUCUUCCAAUCGCGGAAGGAGUUUCAGAUAGAUUUCUCGGAACUGACAUAAGGCUAGUAUGUUUCCGACAUCUGAGAAGCGGAAGCCCAUAGGACAACAGCAUUUCGCGCCGGGAUGCACGCGCUCGCCGCCCACAUACAAACACACACACAUAUGCAUGCGUAUCCACUCAUAUAAUACAUACAUACAUACAUACAAGCAUAUCUGGUAAAGUAAGUAAAGUGUAUCUUGUAAUUUAUUUUUACUUGUUGUUUUUAUAGUUUGUAAAAUGGGAAGUAGUGGUGGGUGUGAGCCAGGCGCUUGAGAACUUUUCUUUUGCUUACAAACAUACAUAUACACACUGCUUUUCUGCCAUUCUCAAGCAAAAGCUUUGGAAAACAAAAACAACAAAUAUAAGUAAAAACAGUUAAUUUAAAUGCUUAAACGCUGCUCUCGCAACCAGAGCAAAAAGAAGAAGAAGAAUAAGAAGUAAGCGAACACACGAUGUCUCAGCAUAGUGAGCCGUCGAGGCGAAUAUAAACCUUAAAAAGUAAAUAGUUAAAAGCAACAAAAAGUAAAAACAAAACAAAACAAAACAAAACCAAACAUAAACAUAUUUAUUAGUGUAAUUAAAAGUUUCAGCGAUGCAGGCCAUUACGAGAUUGUUAAUGAGAGAACUAGAGAACUAGAGGCGGGAGAAAGCAAAAUACAAUAUGAAAGAUAGAAACAUUAGAGUGCGAACACUUCAAAGGUGGUAGUUCAUUUGAAAUGGACCGAGGUCCUCUAGGUUUUGCGAAGAUAAACACACACACACACACACAUACAUACAUGAAACAUAUUUGUUAUAAAUAAAAUAAUUUGUAUUAUUUAUUUUUAAUUGCAAAGCAUAUUAUGUACAUCUGGUUUAUAGCAGAGCCAUUAAACAAUUAAUAUGAUCUUAACAAAGAAGUUGUAAGCGACGUAAGUAAAAUAUAAAUAAAAACAAGAAUAUUAAAAAUAA